AGAAUUAAAAAUACAGAUUAAAUAAAAAAAAUAAGUAAAAAAACUUAGAUCGUUUAAAAAAAAUGGGAAAACACGAAAUAAACUAAACAUCAUUAAAAGAAUAAUAGAAAUUUAUGACUUUACUUGUAAUAAUAGAGAUAUUUUGCAUAAUAUUCCAUUCAGUUUGCGGCCAAUAUAAAACUAAUGACUUCUAAAGUUAUAAAUAUCCAUAAUGGUAAGAUGUAAACGUCAUGAUAUUUGUUGGCUUUGGAUUUUUAAUGACAUUUCUACGCCGAUAUAAUUUCGGAGCUGUAGCUUAUACAUUUUUAAUAGGAGCAAUUUCAUUCCAAUUAUAUCCUAUAUGGGAAUUAUUUUUCGAAAGAAUAUGGGAUUCAGAUCAUGAGUUUAAAAUAAAUAUGAAUGUUUCUCUGUUAAUUUUAAGUUCUUUUUGUUCUGGAUCUAUAUUAAUUGCUUAUGGAGCUAUAAUAGGAAAAGUAACUCCCUUCUAAUUACUUAUAAUGACUUUAGUACAAACUAUAGGCUAUACAUUAAAUGAAAGAAUUGGUUUAAAUAUGGGAAUUGCAGAUAUUGGAGGUUCUAUGGUUAUUCAUACUUUUGGAGCUUUUUUCGGACUUGUAGUUUCUAAAAUUGUUACUCCUAAUAAGGCUUUUACUCAUGCUAAAGCUGAAUCAAAUUAUGUUUCUGAUAUUACUGCUUUUUUAGGGGCAAUUUUCUUAUCGAAGUUAUUACGCCAUCUUUUAAUGGAGCGAUGGCUGCUUAGGAUUCAAGCCAUUAAAACAGAGCUUUCAUUAAUACUGUAUUAUCAUUAAGUGGUUCUACUUUUGCGACUUUUCUUACUUCAGCAGCACUUAGAAGGUACAUGUGCUGAUAUGCAUAUCUUACCGAUAUGGGCUAUAUCCAUAGGAUUUUUUUCUGGAUUGGUUUCAACUUUUGGAUUUAAUAAACUAUAAAGUUUUUUGGAAGAAAAAAUUAAAUUACACGAUAGUUGUGGAGUUCUUAAUUUACAUGCCCUUCCGGGAUUUUUAGGUGGUAUUUUUGGCAGUAUUGCAGCUUCUUAAGCUUAAAAUAUGGGAGAUUCAUCAAAAUUAAUAAGUGAAGUUUUUUCAAAAAGCUUAGAUGAUGAUUGGAAUGCAUAAAAAUAAGCUAAAUUAUAAAUCGCUUAUUUAUUUAUUACUUUAAUAUUAUGUAUUAUUUUUGGAUUUAUAACUGGCUUAUUAAUGAAACUUUUAGGACAUUCUCCUACUUUAUUAUAUGAUGAUGGUGAAUUUUUCCAUAUUCCAAAUAUUUAAUAUGAAGAUUUGGCGUAUAUUAUGGAAAAAGUAAAAGAGACUCACACUUUAGAAACUUAGUAAAUAUAAACUAAAACGAGUUAAAAUUAUUAGCUUUAAAAUUUACAAUGUAAUUAAAAUCCUGAAUAAUAACCUAUUGAUACUUGACUCGAAUCUCCUGAGUUUUCGAUUUUAAAUAAAAUAUAUAUAUUAUUAAAUAUUCAUAUUGUUUUUAUUAUAUUUACUAAUAAUUUAUUUUAUUAUUUUUU